AUGAAUGAAAACCAGGUGAUGGCAUUGAAGGAGAAAGGAAUUGCUGCUGAGUAUCUCUCCUCGACUCAGGCAACCCAAACCAAAAAUAAGAUCCAUGAAGACCUUGAUUCUGGAAAACCAUCUCUGAGGCUACUUUAUGUGACUCCAGAACUGAUUGCAACACCCGGAUUUAUGACAAAGCUGAGAAAGAUUCACACGAGAGGGUUGCUAAAUCUCGUUGCCAUAGAUGAGGCACACUGCAUCUCUUCAUGGGGCCACGAUUUCAGGCCUAGCUACCGAAAGCUGUCAACUUUAAGGAGCCACCUUCCAGGUGUACCAAUAUUGGCUUUAACAGCUACAGCCGUUCCUAAAGUUCAGAAGGAUGUGAUAGAAUCCUUAUGUCUUCAGCACCCGUUAAUCCUAAAAUCUUCUUUCAAUCGUCCUAAUAUACAUUAUGAAGUUCGAUACAAAGAUCUUUUAGAUGAUGUCUAUGCUGAUUUGUCUGAUGUGCUAAAAUCUAGCGGAGAUGUCUGUGCAAUUGUUUACUGCCUUGAACGUACAAUGUGUGAUGACUUGUCUGCUCAUCUAUCAAAAAAUGGAAUUUCAUGUGCUGCUCAUGAUUGGGAUUGUGAUGUCCUUGCCUCUUUUCUUUCUAUAUUUGUGCUUGGAGCUUGUUCUGGUGCAUGCACAGUAAUUGAGCUAUUGGUGUCCCUUCAGGAUGAUAGAAAAGAUGUCAGAAUUGUUUGCCAUUUUAAUAUUCCCAAGUCAAUGGAAGCCUUCUACCAAGAGUCGGGUAGAGCUGGUCGUGAUCAACUACUCUCCAGAAGCCUGUUAUACUAUGGAAUCGAUGAUUGCAAAAGAAUGAAAUUUAUUCUAAGCAAUGCUGAUAACAAGAAGUCAAAGGCCUCAAACUCACAGGAAGAGUUGUCAAAAAAAACCCUGACCGACUUCCAGCAGAUGGUCGAGUAUUGUGAGGGUUCUGGAUGCCGUAGGGGAAAAAUUCUUGAGACUUUUGGUGAAAAGGUACCUGCAUCACUAUGUGGAAAAACAUGUGAUGCCUGCAAACAUCCAAACUUAGUGGCCAAGUAUUUGGAGGAGCUUGCAAAUACUUGUAUCGUCCGGCAAAAGUUUGGUUCAUCUCGAAUUUUUAUGAGCAGCUCUUCAGAUACGAUUAAUGAAGUUCGAACCUCUGAAUUCUGGAAUCGUGAUGAUGAAGAAAGUUGUUCUGAGGACGACAUAUCUGAUUCUGAUGAUGGUCUUGCAGUCAAGAACCUUGCCAGGUCAAAGUUGCCAAAAAAGUUGGGAAUCAGUGAAAAAAUUGAGUGCUUGCAGCGUUUAGAAGAAAGAUAUUACCCGGAUAAAUCUUCUGAUAAGCAGAUAAAUAAACCAGAGAAGAAUGCUAUAUCUGAUACGCUGAGGGAAACAAGCAAGCAAAGAUUACAAAAUGCUCUCAAGCAGGCUCAGCAGCGGCUUGGUAACUUAAAGAUUGAAGUGGAAAAAUCAGCCUCUUUUCUCGAAAAUGAGUGUUACAACAAAUAUGGGAAAACUGGGAAAUCUUUUUAUUAUUCUCAAGUGGCGAGUACAGUGAGGUGGCUAUCAUCUGCAGAUUAUACUGGCUUAACUAAUCGCCUUGGCACCAUUAACAGUUCCCUAUCAGACGAUGCUCUGCCUGAAACAGAACCUCCUGCAGCACAAUCACCUUUGGUGGAGGGACCAACAGAAAUUAACAGCAGUGAUUUCCAUGAUAGUGUUAGAUCAGAAACUUCUGUAGCUGUGUCACCAACGGAAAUUGCUUCCCCAAGUACAAGGCUGCCACCAAUUCCGUCCUUCUCACAGUUUAUCAACACCAGAAAGACAAAAGACAACAGAUCAAGUGCAUCAGAAAAGAAAUCACCAAAUGGAGUUCAGCAGAACCUAGAUAAAAGAAUGAGGUUGCAGUAG